CUCUUGAUUGGUCUAGAUUCUGGAAACCCUAACCCUGUAAAACUGUUUUUGUAUUUACAUGAGGGAGAGAUAGGCAUGUUGUGAAAGAGAUUCUGCCACCCAAGAAUCCCAGAUUACACCAUUCGAGAAAAAUUUUAAAAUUUUUAAAAAAAGUUCCUUUUUUUUUUUGUUUGUCUUUGAAUGAAUGAAAAUGGGAAGUAUUUUCAUCCAUUGAUACUCAAUCUUAAUUCCUUCAAUUUCUUCCAUUCAUUUUCUUUUGGAAUUUGGUAACAUAUUUUUGUGCAGAUUGUGGUAUUCUGAGAACCAAAAAAGAACUGUCUUUUUCUGCAUUGGUGCUUAGUCACUCACCACCCACCAUCAUCAGAUCUGAAGCCUUAAAAUUUCAUAUUUUUUUAACAUAUAUAUAUGUAUAUAUAUAUAUACACACACACACAACUAGCACUAUUAUUAUUCACAGACAAAAAUCACUAUAUUAUCACCAGCCCAUCUUUCCACUUAUUUCAUGGAGCACAAUUAAUCUCAUUCUUCAACCUCCCUUUUGUUUUCUUUUCCUCACCAACCCCAUUUCCCUUUAGCUUCUCUUUUCACAUUUAAAGAAAAAAAAAAAGAUCAAAUCUUUCUUUCUUCUGCUCUCUUUCUUUGUACAUUUCAACAAAAAUAGAAUAUAAUUAACUCUCUUCUUUGUACAUUACACUCAUGGAACGUGCAAGAAAGUUGGCUAACAGGGCAAUCUUGAAGCGGUUGGUUAAUGAAUCAAAGCCGCACAAACACCACAGCCGCAAUGAAUCAUCAGCAACAACUCUGUUAAACUCUUCUUCUUCUCCUAUAUUGUACACUCCUUCAAGGUAUGUUUCAUCAUUGUCAUCUUUUGCUUCAAGAAAUCCCAGAUCAGGUUCACUCCCAGGAACAAAAAGUAUUGGUUAUUAUGGUAUUGGGUCACAAGUUAGAUCCAUUUCUGUCGAGUCGUUGAAACCAAGUGACACUUUUCCUCGCCGUCAUAACUCAGCUACAGCAGAAGAGCAAAGCAAAAUGGCCGAGUUAUGUGGGUUCGAUAAUCUUGAUUCUUUAAUAGAUGCUACUGUGCCUAAAUCCAUUAGAAUUGAUUCAAUGAAGUUUUCAAAGUUUGAUAAUGGUUUAACUGAGAGCCAAAUGAUUGAACAUAUGCAAGAUUUAGCAUCAAAGAAUAAGGUUUUUAAAUCAUACAUAGGGAUGGGGUAUUAUAAUACACACGUUCCACCUGUUAUUUUGAGGAAUAUAAUGGAGAAUCCUGCUUGGUAUACUCAGUAUACUCCUUACCAAGCUGAGAUAUCUCAGGGGAGAUUAGAGUCUUUGCUUAAUUAUCAAACUAUGAUUACUGAUCUUACCGGAUUACCUAUGUCCAAUGCUUCAUUACUUGAUGAAGGGACUGCUGCUGCUGAAGCAAUGGCUAUGUGUAAUAAUAUACUAAAAGGAAAGAAAAAGACUUUUAUUAUUGCGAACAAUUGUCACCCACAGACUAUUGAUAUUUGUAAGACCAGAGCUGAUGGUUUUGAUAUUAAGGUAGUUACUAUGGAUCUUAAGGAUAUUAAUUACAAAUCUGGGGAUGUUUGUGGAGUUUUGCUUCAGUAUCCAGGGACUGAGGGUGAAGUUUUGGAUUAUGAGGAGUUUAUCAAGAAUGCUCAUGCUAAUGGGGUCAAGGUUGUUAUGGCAUCAGAUUUGUUGGCUUUGACAAUGUUGAAGCCUCCUGGUGAACUGGGGGCAGAUAUUGUUGUUGGAUCAGCUCAGAGGUUUGGCGUCCCAAUGGGAUAUGGAGGUCCUCAUGCAGCUUUCUUGGCUACCUCACAAGAGUACAAGAGGUUGAUGCCUGGAAGAAUUAUUGGUCUUAGUGUUGAUUCUUCAGGGAAGCCUGCUCUGAGAAUGGCGAUGCAAACUAGGGAGCAGCAUAUACGCAGGGACAAGGCUACCAGUAACAUCUGUACUGCUCAAGCAUUACUUGCAAACAUGGCUGCUAUGUUUGCUGUCUAUCAUGGACCUGAAGGCCUUAAAGCCAUCGCACAAAGGGUCCAUGGUCUUGCUGGAGCACUUGCACUUGGACUGAAGAAACUUGGGACAGUGGAAAUCCAGGGCCUUCCCUUCUUUGACACUGUGAAAAUUAAGUGUGCUAAUGCACAAGCAAUAGCUGAUGCUGCAUACAAGAAUGAGAUAAACUUGCGAGUUGUAGAUGCAAAUACUAUCACUGUUUCCUUAGAUGAAACAACAACCUUGGAGGAUGUUGACAAUCUUUUCAAAGUUUUUGGCGAUGGCAAGCCUGUCCCAUUCUCUGCUGCAUCUCUGGCACCGGAUGUUCAGAAUGCAAUUCCUUCUAAGCUAAUUAGGGAGAGCCCAUUUCUAGCCCACCCAAUCUUUAACAUGUACCAUACAGAGCAUGAAUUGCUCAGAUACAUUCAUAAGUUACAGUCCAAAGAUCUCUCUUUGUGCCACAGUAUGAUUCCACUGGGAUCUUGUACAAUGAAAUUGAAUGCAACCGCUGAAAUGAUGCCAGUGACAUGGCCUAACUUUACCAAUAUUCACCCCUUUGCUCCUGUUGAUCAGGCUCAGGGUUUUCAGGAAAUGUUUGAUAACCUGGGUGAUUUGUUGUGUACCAUCACUGGUUUCGACUCGUUCUCAUUACAACCUAAUGCUGGUGCGGCUGGCGAGUAUGCCGGGUUGAUGGUUAUUCGUGCAUAUCAUAAGUCAAGAGGAGAUCAUCAUCGCAAUGUGUGCAUUAUACCUGUUUCAGCACAUGGGACAAAUCCUGCAAGUGCUGCCAUGUGUGGAAUGAAGAUUGUUGCUGUUGGAACUGAUGCCAAGGGAAACAUUAACAUUGAAGAACUAAAGAAGGCUGCUGAAGCCAACAGAGACAACCUAUCAGCACUCAUGGUUACAUAUCCUUCAACCCAUGGAGUCUAUGAAGAAGGCAUUGAUGAGAUAUGUAAGAUUAUUCAUGACAAUGGAGGUCAAGUAUAUAUGGAUGGGGCAAACAUGAAUGCACAGGUGGGUCUGACAAGUCCAGGUUUUAUUGGAGCUGAUGUUUGCCAUCUCAACCUCCAUAAAACAUUUUGCAUUCCACAUGGAGGUGGUGGUCCUGGCAUGGGUCCUAUUGGUGUGAAGAAACACUUGGCACCAUUUCUACCUUCACAUCCUGUGAUAUCUACAGGUGGUAUACCAGCCCCUGACAACGCUCAACCAUUGGGAACCAUUUCAGCUGCACCAUGGGGCUCUGCACUUAUCUUGCCGAUAUCUUAUACUUACAUAGCAAUGAUGGGGUCUCAGGGACUAACUGACGCUUCGAAGAUUGCCAUCUUGAAUGCAAACUACAUGGCAAAGCGUUUGGAGAAUUACUACCCUGUUCUUUUCCGUGGCGUGAAUGGAACAUGUGCCCAUGAAUUCAUUAUAGACUUGAGAGGCUUUAAGAAUACUGCUGGUAUUGAACCUGAGGAUGUUGCUAAACGCUUGAUGGACUAUGGAUUUCAUGCACCAACAAUGUCAUGGCCUGUUCCAGGCACACUUAUGAUUGAACCCACUGAAAGUGAAAGCAAGGCCGAGUUAGACAGAUUCUGUGAUGCUCUUAUCUCCAUUAGGGAGGAAAUUGCAGAGAUUGAGAAUGGAAAAGCUGAUGUCCACAAUAAUGUCCUAAAGGGAGCUCCUCAUCCACCAUCUUUGCUCAUGGGAGAUGCAUGGACAAAACCAUAUUCUCGGGAAUAUGCAGCAUUCCCUGCUUCCUGGCUUCGUGGUGCGAAGUUCUGGCCAACUACAGGACGAGUGGACAAUGUAUACGGUGACCGCAACCUCAUCUGCACCCUUCUCCCAGCAUCACAGUAUGUGGAAGAACAGGCUGCAGCUAGUGCUUAAUCAUCGCCAUGGAUGUGUUCCUCUGAUGCAAAGGCUCCCUUGCGAACACGAAAGUCAAAAAAAAAAAAAAAAGCAUCUCUCUCUUCAACUCUGUAUAUACACUAUCCAUAUUCAUAUGCUCAUUGCAGCUCCAAACUGUCAUUUCUCAGUAUAUGGAUAAACAGCUGCUCUAAUAACAACUGUUGCUGAUUGCAACAUAACUGCUGUAAUUAUUAUUUCUCUCCAUCUUUAUUUCCUCCUGCUUCCA